AUGGCACACGCUCUGGCCGGUACAGCGCCAGCCCACUUACAAUCGAUGUACAACGACUUCGACGAAUGCAAGAAGCAGCUGUUUAACGAAGAAAUGAAGCGUCUUCCCUGCGGACUAGCAGUAAUUCCAGGAGUAGCCGCGUCUGGCAGGUUAACAUUCGUCAAGUUUUACGCCCUGAUGCACAUAGCAGAGCAGACUCCCCCUGGUUCUCGCAAUCGGGUCUUGAUCUUAGCAGAGCAGCACCAGGUUCUCGAUAAUUAUGAACCAAGCUUCAGGCGCUCGCUUGAGGAAUACGGAGCACCUCCCCAUGCAUUUCCUCGUAUAGAAAGGGUCUAUACAACGUCUACGGACAUUAGAGUGGCGGUGGACACCCUGAGCCAGCCAGCUUCCAGCCAGGUACCCAACGAGCUCGAUACCAUAGACCAAUAUCUCACCAAGUCGAUCUUAGAUGAAUUCCAUCAGCUUGCGGAGCAGGAAUCGGAGAGAAGAGCCUCCAAGGAUGUUAAUUCUACUUUACUACAAGUCCAGAACCGCUCAGAGGAAUACAAUCUGUUCAAUCCCUCAGACAGACGCGUUGACGAGCCAAUCAAUAGUAUCUACAAGGCUAAGCUACAGGAAGCCGACAUCGUCCUCGCUACUCCCUCGACAGCCCGCAGUAUCCUUUUCAGACAGGAAUUCCAUCCGACUCUCGUCAUCAUGGACGAGAAUACACGCUCGAGAGAGAUGACGACGAUCAUGACCAUCUCCUCAUUCCCCUCCGCGAAAUUAUUCAUGCUACUUGGCGACCCUCAUCAGCAAGUCCCGGUAGUUAACCGCCGUAAGGACACGCUCGUAGCUUUCGACAACCAAAUCGGCCUAUCGUGCUUGGACAGGAUCAAGCGCGCCGGUGCUGCUCUCCCCGGGCUGUUCUACAAUCACCGGCAAUACGGAUGCUUGCAGGAGAUGACAAGUGAAUUGUUUUACGAAAAUCUGAUGAAGUCCAGCAUCCAGGAUCAUUUCCCACCAUCUGUCAACGUCGUUCAAGGCAUAAUCGCCGAGUUGACCGGCCUCCGCAAGAGUGUCCGUGUCAUCGUCGACAUUACCAACUCUGACGAGCAGGGUGUAUUCAAGUCAUUCAAGAACGACUAUCAUGUUCAUUACGUACUCAAAACUCUAGAACGGUUCCUGAAUGAUCCCGCAUUUACAUCGGUAGACGGCAAACGACCCGGAACCAUCGCCGUUCUAUGUUACUAUAAAGCCCAAGUCACGGAGAUAGAGCUUGCUCUCCGUCGUCGAGAAGUACUACAGUCUCGCCUUCACACCACUGCCGAGACGAUAGCCAAGCGAGUUCGCGUUGGCACAGUAGACAGCUUCCACGGCGAAGGAGCAGACCUCGUAAUCAUUGAUUACACGCGAACCACAAAGCCAGGAUAUACCGGAAACGUAUUUUUGAACGCUACUGCGCAUACGCGCAGUAUCCAGGGGGAGAUCAUCCUAAUGAACCAAUCGAGUUACGCAAGUCAGAAGAAGAAAGCCAGACAUUCACCAGCAAGGCACCUCUGUAUGAUAUACGAAUAUCUCGAGGCCAAACAGUGCGUCUCGAAGAUACUCUUCUGCAACCACUGCCUUGGCUGGGGCCACGAAGAUAGACAUUGCGUCGAGAGGGCGACGUGCAGUAGAUGCUACGAGAUAGGCCACAUCAAGUCGUCGUGCCCCGCAGUCCAGUGCGCAAACUGCGGCGAGCUGGGACAUCUCCUUAUCGAGUGCAACAACCUUGAACCGGCCAAGGCUUGCUCCCGCUGCGCAGGCGACCAUUUUCAGGUAAACUGCACCGAGAGCCCGGAAGUCUACUGCACGGACUGUAACAACCCAGGACACUUCCCCGGAAGAGACCUUUGCGCAGCCGCCUGGCGACUUCUGCAUCAGCAGCAGCAAGGCGUGUUGUUGGGUGAUUUUGCGGAGAAGGAUUCGGAAGAAUGGUAG